GCCCAGGCAGUCUUUUUUCCAGGUCCAGCGUCAACCCGUAUAAACUCCAGGUUCUCCCUUUGCCGGGUGCCUGAUUUUCUUUUUAAAACCGUUGUUGUUGCCGGUUCACCGCAAUCUCUACCACUACUCAACAUCCGCGACUUCCGGCCUUAUCCCCCUGAUAGGGCUUGUACCUGAAUUUAUCUCGAAUCUCGACCUCUUCGACCGGUGCUGUCAUCCCUGGUCGUUCUACGUGGCAGUAUCACAACAUCAACAACCGCCAAAAUGGGUGCUGGCGGCGUGAUUCUACGCUUUCUGAACCUGUUCAUUCGGGUCCUGCAACUAUGUGCCGCGGCUGUCAUUCUGGGAAUCUACUCCUACUUCUUGGCGGUCCUGGCCGACCAUAAAAUGACCAUCGCUACCUGGAUGAGAGCCGUUGAAGGUAUGUCGGGAGCAGCCUGCUUAUACGCGCUGCUGGGCUCUAUCUUCACCUGCUGCCUGGGUGGAAUUGCCUUCUUUGCUGGUGUGGCAGUGGUUCUGGAUGUUGCCUUUGUCGGAGUGAUGAUCGCCAUCGCCGUCCUCACCCGCGACGGUACCCAGAAAUGCACUGGAACAGUUCACACCCCGUUGGGAACUGGCCAGGCCAACGCCAAGGCUGAAGGCUACGGAGCGGGCGGCUUCGGUAUUGGUACUGGAAAGGAGACGACCUACUUCCCCAAGCUGUCCACGGCAUGCCGUCUCGAGAAGGCUGUUUUCGCCGUCUCCAUCAUUGGAAUCUUCCUCUUCACGAUUGGCAUCCUUUUCCAGAUCGGUCUGGCUCGCCACCACAAGCGUGAGAAGCGCUUCGGUCCCUCCCCGGCUAACGGCUACACUGCUGGUACUCGUCGUCCCUUCUGGCGCCGCAACAAGGCCGCCCCCGCUGUCGCUGAUGGUGCCGAUGUUCUCCCUGGACACCCCACUCCUGGUGAAGUUGAGAACGGUGGCAAGUUCGGCUACGGAACCUCGGCCUACGGCAACGGCCGCUACUGAACGCAUCGACAUGCGUUGUGAAACGGAGAUUUUAAUGUGGAGGUAGAUGUGAUGAAGCCCUAUGUUGGUGGGCCCGCGGUUUAUGGCCGAAACGAUACCAUUAAUCAUUUCUACGAUACCAAACCUGCAUGACUGGUGUUUGCUUUUUCGCUUCAACGACAUACUACAAUUGAUAAUGAUUGGCUGGACGCAGCCUCUUCCCUGGAGGCCUUAUCGCCUCGAUGGAGAAUGACGGCACGUCCAGUCGCGAAAUGAUAUUUGCACUCGUGUGAGUUGCAAGAUCGACUGGGAGUGGUAGACCCAGAGUCCGGUCGUUUAUAGAUACCUCACUUAUUACCUACUUAGUCGCUCGUGUACAACAAACCAAAUAAACGAAAUAUUAGUAUUAUACUAUAUAUAAUUUGGAUAAUCUAUAAAGCACCCGAAAUUGUCCCUGAACCUUAACCUUUGACCAUGGC